GCUCACAUACACACAGCUGCUUUUGUGCAUCUGGAGUGGUGGUAAGGUGAUCAACAUUUUGGAACAUUUAAUUUACCCAAAUGACCUCAAGUAUUUAAAAGAUAAGGUGACUGUGUUCAUUACCGAGUGCUGCGUUAUUAUUCAGUGGAUUUACGGAACAAAGUAUUGUGAGUGUAAAAUGGCUUCUGGUCGACCAAUCAAAUGUGUUGUUGUUGGCGAUGGAACAGUAGGAAAGACGUGUAUGCUUAUUUCGUACACAACGGAUAGUUUUCCCGGCGAAUAUGUUCCCACGGUGUUCGACAACUAUUCCGCACCAAUGGUUGUGGAUGGAGUGCAAGUUUCGCUUGGUUUGUGGGAUACCGCUGGUCAGGAGGAUUACGAUCGAUUACGACCACUUUCGUAUCCGCAGACCGACGUGUUCCUCAUAUGCUUCAGUGUCGCUAGCCCAUCCUCAUUCGAAAAUGUGACUUCCAAAUGGUACCCAGAAAUUAAACAUCACUGCCCGGAUGCGCCGAUAAUUUUAGUUGGUACCAAGAUCGAUUUGCGCGAGGAUCGUGAAACGUUGAGUGCACUCGCCGAACAGGGACUAUCGGCGCUGAAACGAGAACAGGGACAAAAACUAGCCAAUAAGGUGCGCGCCGUAAAGUAUAUGGAAUGCUCAGCUUUGACUCAGCGCGGCCUGAAGCAGGUAUUUGACGAAGCUGUCAGAGCCGUUCUUCGACCAGAACCACUCAAACGACGUCAACGAAAAUGUGUUGUGAUGUAAGAAGUCUCCGGUAAGAUCUGUGUUUCACCGGAAUCUCUUGUACAUAGACUUAAGAUAAAAGCAAGGUAAGGCGAACCAUAAUAAUCACCGCUAAAUCACACUCAAUCCUUAGUUUAAUAGACAGCCUUCUUGGACGUUCUUUAGGAAACAUACGAAUAAAACGAUAAGUCAUCAUUCAACCAAAAAAAAAAGUUUCGUUAACAAAUUGACGACCAAGUUUUGAUUUAUUUUAUAUUGUUGUGCCAUUAACGAAACCGUGAAAGUAAUGUAUUUUUAUAAAAUGUCCGUAUACCUCACAUUUUAAUUUUUGGUUCCAGCCGACUGUUUUCGAAACAUUGAGAAGAAGGUAGAAGGCUAUGAAAAGCACCAAUUUUAAGUCUAUAGAACCAUUCAAAUGUUAAACGGUUUUACAUCUAACGAAAUUAAAAAAAAACAGGGCCUAUAUGAACAAUUGUUACGGAAACCCAGCAGGAACAUCAAUCAAUGUUUUGAAAAUGAUUCAAAAUCACCUAUUCCAAUAACCGACAAGCUGAUGAUGAAAUAUUCAAGUACUAAUAGGAGAAACAAAAUUAACAAAUCAUUAUUAAAUUGAGAAAAAAAUUGUUCGAUCAAAGCUUUAUACCAGUUCUGAAACCUAACUCUAAACUAUUAAAAUAAAGUCUAUUUUUGUGAGCUGAUACUUGACAUCGGGAGUUAAUUGACAGUUUGUGUCUUUUUUUAUUCCUUGAAGAGGUUUCUGCAAAUCACGACACGCUAUAGAUUUAUUAGAUCAUACUCGACGUUAACUACUCCAUCCAGGUGACAAGUCAACUGAGCACAACGCUUGUAUUUCCGUACUGAACAAAAAGCCUAUGCAACUUAGCAACGAGACUGAAUGAAGGUAGGAACUCACUCUUCUCAGUUUCAUACCUUUGGAUCAAAUCACACAAUUCUACGGCCAAACAGCUAUAUUUUGGAUUGAAUUUAAGAGAGACAUAACGAAUCCAAAUCUACCAAAGCAUGAGGGGGAAAAUAAACACAUUUAGUAUUAGUAUAUUUCAUAAUUGCAAUUUUAUUUCAAAAUUGGGCAAAUAGGAAAAUGUAUAUCUAGUCAGUAAUGGUCCUGAAAAAGGGGAAUAGAACAACCACAAGCAAAAUAAGUUGGCGGCAAAUCAAAAGCUAAGCAAAAAUUAUAAACAAUGAACGACAAACAGUCAAUUUCUAUUACAAAUGAAACAAAAAAAAAACAACUAUUUGACAAGAUACAAACAAAAGAAUAGACCAAUAAUAUUCAGUUCGUACGAAUACUCUUUAUAUAAUGGAGUACGAUUUGCUGUGUUGGAUGAAGUAGCAAACACCCUAAUUUCUUCAUAUCAUUAUAGGAGGGUUAAUUUUAUUGUAAUAAAUUAACUAGCAAUACAUAUUUGAGCAAAGGCUUACCAAUUAUUUCAUUCUAAUACCAAUGUAUUUUAUUCUGAUAAGACUUACCUACGCGAUUUUGUGUAAAUACGAGUGAACCUAUGGAGGGGCAUCAGCUGAAUAAUGAAAUCAUCACUGAAGGAGAGUGCUAUGGAUCGUCAAACUUUAUUAUAUUGUAGUACUCCCAGACGCUAUGGGCACAAGCACAGCUCAGGUUCAAAAUAGGAGAGAAAAAAAACAACAACCAGUGCAUUUAUUUUGAUUCAAGUAUGUAUUAUCCGCGUAUUUUAAUUUGUUUAUUCUAAUUGACAUGACACAUGGAAUUUUGCACAUUGCACAAGCGUUUAACUAAUUCAGCUACGUGAUUUUAUUUCUCUAAAUUUUCUUCAAUUUUUAUAACGACGAUCAUUAUCAUUUAUUGUUUCCUAAUUAUAUAAUAUUACUAAUUAAAUCAACGUUUUGAAUGAUUGUAGCGUAUGACUAUUAAAUAUAUAUUUUUCUGACCUUA